AUUGCGUAGUCUGAUGAAUGUUGGGGAACCGAGGGGGUGUUGGAACGGGAGGGCUAAACAUGAGAUUAUGACAGAGGGGUUGCAUUCAUAAUCCGACCGACGAUUGCCGUGUUUUAUUUUGAUAUUGCAGUGGAGGGGUGUAUGACGACUAGCACAGAAAAUACUUGUACCUCUGUAAGGUAGCGAGGGAAGUGAAAGUAGGAGGGGGGGCGGUGUUGGAUUUAGAGAAGGAAAACAAUAUGGCCGCAGUGGAGUUAGAAUGGAUCCCAGAAACACUGUACAACACUGCUAUAUCAGCAGUGGUGGACAAUUACAGUCGAUCGCGAAGAGACAUUCGGUCUCUUCCUGAAAACAUACAGUUUGAUGUAUAUUACAAGCUUUACCAGCAGGGCCGGCUUUGUCAGCUGGGAGGGGAGUUCUGUGAGCUGGAGGUCUUCGCCAAAGUCCUACGCGCUUCUGACAAAAGACACCUGCUACACCACUGCUUCCAAGCUUUGAUGGACCAUGGUGUUAAAGUGGCCUCAGUUUUGGCCAACUCCUUCAGCCGUCGGUGCUCUUACAUCGCCGAAUCCGACGCCCAUGUCAAAGAAAAAGCCAUACAGUUUGGCUUUGUUUUAGGUGGCUUCCUGUCGGAUGCUGGUUGGUAUGGUGAUGCGGAGAAAGUCUUUCUGUCCUGUCUCCAGCUUUGUACACUCCACGAUGAAGUCCUGCAUUGGUAUCGGGCCGUGGAAUGCUGUGUGAGGUUGCUCCACGUCCGUAAUGGCAAUUGCAAGUACCACCUGGGAGAGGAGACGUUCAAACUGGCCCAGUCUUACAUGGACAAACUCGCCAAGCACGGCCAUCAGGCCAACAAAGCGGCUCUCUACGGAGAGCUGUGCGCCUUGCUCUUUGCGAAAAGCCACUAUGACGAGGCAUACAGGUGGUGUAUAGAGGCUAUGAGAGAGAUAACCGUGGGCCUGCCGGUCAAAGUGGUGGUGGACGUCCUCAGACAGGCCUCCAAGGUAGCAUGUGUUGUUAAACGGGAGUUCCGGAAGGCCGAACAACUCAUAAAACAUGCAGUAUUUCUGGCAAGGGAACACUUUGGACACAAGCACCCAAAGUACUCUGACACUCUACUAGACUAUGGGUUCUACUUACUUAAUGUAGACAAUAUAUGUCAAUCAGUCGCUAUUUACCAGACCGCCCUUGAUAUUCGGCAAUCUGUGUUCGGAGGGAAGAAUAUCCAUGUAGCCACAGCGCAUGAGGAUCUAGCGUACUCCUCAUAUGUGCAUCAGUACAGCUCUGGUAAAUUCGACAAUGCACUAUUCCACGCAGAACGUGCCAUAGACAUCAUAACUCACAUUCUCCCAGAGGACCAUCUGCUGCUGGCCUCAUCCAAAAGGGUGAAAGCUCUCAUCCUGGAGGAGAUAGCCAUCGACUGCCAUAACAAAGAGACUGAGGAGAGGCUACUGCAGGAGGCCCACGACCUGCACCUCUCCUCCCUCCAGCUGGCCAAGAAGGCCUUCGGGGAGUUCAACGUCCAGACUGCCAAACACUACGGCAACCUGGGCCGCCUCUACCAGUCCAUGCGCAAGUUCAAGGAGGCGGAGGAGAUGCACAUCAAGGCCAUCCAAAUCAAGGAGCAGCUCCUGGGGCAGGAGGACUACGAGGUGGCGCUGUCCGUUGGACACCUGGCCUCCCUCUACAACUACGACAUGAACCAGUACGAGGACGCUGAGCGCCUCUACCUGCGCUCCAUCGCCAUCGGCAAGAAGCUGUUCGGGGAAGGCUACAGUGGACUGGAGUAUGACUACCGGGGUCUGAUCAAACUGUACAACUCGGUGGGCAACUACGAGAAGGUGUUUGAGUACCACAACAUACUAUCCAACUGGAACCGCUUGAGGGACAGGCAGUUUGCAGUGGCUGACGCGCUAGAGGACGUCAACACCAGCCCCCAGGCCACCGACGAGGUGGUUCAGUCUUUCCUGCUGUCGCAGAGCCACGGGGCCAGUCACCCCUGUUAGGGGGCCUGACGGCGUCCAGCGACGCACACUCACACACUCAAACCCACACAAACACCCACCACACGAAAACACACAAACAGUCAUUCAGCAGGAUCAUUCAUGUACACAAUCACACAUAAAUGUGCUUUGUGCACACACACACACACACACACACAUUAACAGUUUGACACAUACUUGUACUCACAUGGUUCACCAUUGACUCGUUUGGCGUCGGGUGUCUGGUCCCCACACGGAUUUCGCUGGAACUGCAAUGGAACCUGGUGCUAUCAGGGGAGCCUCCUCCUCAAGCCUGAGACCCCGAGGCUCUCCAUACCAGCCAGCCUGCACCAGCCGACCCUCCCAACCCACCACCACCACUACCAAACCCCACAACAGACCACCACGGGCCUGCAGUUCUGGGCUCUGAGGAGGGCCCAGUUGGGAUCAAACGGCAUGCCGUCUGGUUCAGGUUCAACCUCUGAAUUGAACAAAAACCAAUCCGAGGGAGAUUGUGAUUUUAUCUGACUUCUGCAACAUGAGAGGAAGAGGAGGAUAUGAAGAGGAAAAAAUGGAGAUGAAAAGGACAGAAAUGACAAAAAGAAGAUAACCCAAGCCCUCCUUUUAAUUGUAUAAUGCCCUCUAAGUUUUUGUUUUUUCUCUCCUGUGUUUAUUUUAUCUGUUGUACCUGAACAUUUGAGUUGCUUCACGCGUCAUGGGAAUUCAGAGUCCACGGUGUUCCCACGCUCUCACCCCCCCCCCCCCCGCAUGUGUGCCGUGUUUAGGGUUGGAUUGAGCAUGUCCUGACGGCCCUCCAGAAACUGGUUGGGCUCUGUGUGUCCACAGAAAGUGCCAGAAAGAGCUCCGCGCUCUCCUUUCCGCAGAUAAUGAUGAGUGAAGGAAUACCCAUGGUAAUGACCAUUACUGACCUGGGGGGGGGGGGGGGGAAGAGAGAGAAAGUACAAAGGAAAGACAAAAAGGAAAAGAAAAGAAAAACUGUCAGUCUAAGGUCAGACACAAGGCCCAUUACUGCUUCUGAUUGGACCACAAUGUGUCUUCUGUCACUAGAGAAUUCUAUGGACCAGAGGGUUAUACUAAUGUUUUGGAUGCAAACAUGUUCUGAAAGUUUUCAGUUUUAUUAUUAUUAUUAUUAUUAUUAUUAUUAUUAUUAUUUCUUUUUUGUAUUCUCUGACAUGUUUAAGUAGAAACCUAGUUUAAUUUAAAUGCCAAUAAUUUAUAUGCAAAGCGUGCUAUAACUUAGAUUUAACAUUGCAUAUAGAUGAGCCAAAUGGACUUCUUUGGACUUGGAUGGGAGCAUUUAGCUGCUGGCUCUGACCGUAGUGGGGUCCAGGGGCCGUGGCGAUUAGGGCAUCGGUCUACACAAGGAGGGGAGACCAUGUUGCUCUGGCUCUCUGAGCUGUGUCUCCUACCAGUCACCGCACCAACUCCAGGGGCGAGCAGGCUUUUCUUCAAAGCAGUCAUCAAUAUCCAUUCAGACCUUUUAUGCGACCCCCCCCUCGAUGGAAUUGCUUUCAUGGAGCCGCCCUCCCUGGCCCACAGCUGUCAGGGGACUGUGUAGGAAAGAGCUGACGGGUGCACCUGUUUUUGUAAAGGGGGCUCACCCCCAGGGCGAGGGAGAGUGUGUGUGGGGGGCUGUGGUAAGAGAAGUGCCCAUGCAUGCAGAGCAUUUACGUUUGUGAGGGGUACAAUAGUUCACCCACCAUCUAAUCCUAUAUAAGGACCCACAGUGGUCCUUGUGGGACACAGAUCUGGAAGAUGUUGGAGCAGUUGACCAACAUGGUGUCUACUUCCCUCCACGUCCGACCGGCCCUCCACCCCAUUCUGUUACGCUGUUUUCCCCCAAAGAUUGGCUCUCGGGGGGGGUUGCAAAGUUGAGUUUACAAGAUUAUAAUUGCCUGCUUCUAACAAGCUGAAUCACAGCACUGAAGAGAAUUGUUAACACCGUGUCCUGGACUAUGGUUACAAACCGUUUUAAAAGAAAGUGAUUUGGAGUCUAUGUUUUCGUCUAGAUAUCACAUUGUUCUCCCAUAAGUGGUAGUGCACCAUGUUGUCUUCAGUCGUGUGACCUUUUUUUUUCCCCACCCUCCUAUCUUUUUUUAGUUAUUGUAAGACGCUGAACCGUGCCCCGGCUUCAGUGCAGUGGCGGAACGUAUUUUGGACAUGCUGUUGGUGUUGAUCUCUCACAGUAGUGAGUCUUGGACGUGUGGAUCUUACCCAGCUGGUUCUUGUGACACCGAGGGCCCCAGCUCUAGCUGAAGUCCAAGCCUUAGCCUUAAAGGACGCUCAGCUAGCAGUGCUUUGGCUCUCAGCAGCCUUUCUUUCGACUUCGCUCUCUUUUUUCGUUGUUGCUUUUGCAUCCUCUUGAAUCCCCAACAAGCCGACUGCUGUGGGUAGUUAUCACAGACACGGCAGAGGCUUCAGCCUGGCUUAGACGAUCCUCAGGAUCAUCUUGGCAGCGUGCAAGUUCCUGUUUUUGAGUCCGUGUAGGCGGAGACAAAAACACACCAUUACAGACACACACACACACACACACACACAUCCCCAAGGCCAGAUGCGGAGAGAACCCUGAAUGGCAGGAAAGGAGGUGUGUUUUUGGCAAAGUGACCCAAGCUUGUACAGAUGAGUGGGAAAAGGGCAUCACAGGGCCGAGGGAGGGGAUGUGAGGAAAUAGGGGGAUUGCCUUGCGUGUAGAAAAACAAAACAAAAUUAAAUUGGACAAGUGGAACAUUUAUAAAUAAAAGCUGUGAUAUCGGGAAAAAAACAAUGCUGAAAGUGCAUUUCCAUUUCAUCGACCUUUAGCAGAGUAAAAUCAUUGGAUGUGACGGUGUAAUAAAAAAAAAAUAGCAUUAAGCUUUUUCCUCUCCUAUUGACAGACAAUAAUUUCACACCACCACCACUACGCUAUGGGUAGCCAGUGUAAUCCACAUACAGCACUGACACAAAAUACAAGAUAACUUUUAUUUGAUGGUCCCUCCUCACUUGCAAAUGUUACACACCCAUAUUAAUUUACACAAAUGUGUGAAGAAAACAAAAAAUGUAGUUCUGAAUGAAUGCUUUCUUGUGAAUGUUGAUUUAAGGGCUCAUUUUUUUUUUUUACCUCAAGUGGUAUUUCUUUGCUUUGGUUUUUUAUUUUAUUAUUGGCGAUUAAUUCCAUUGGUUUGUGUGUGGGUUGUACAUUAAGGGCCUAAAAGUUAUCAGUGUGGGUUACAGCAGCAUCCAAAAUGGUAAAUAACCUGAAGUCCUCCAAUGAAGCCCCCCCCCCCAUGUCAGUGUUCUCACACAAAGAAUAGCUGGCCUUUACUUGCAUGUUUUGAGUAAUUCUAUGUAGAUAUAGGUAUAGAUAUAGAUGCUAAAGAUUACUCCACUGGUGAACUUUACAAUAACGUACAUGCUAGAAGGACCAGCUUCUGUAUAGAUAUGACACCUGUAAGUAUGAUUAUAUGGAAAAAAAGUGACAUUUUGUGCCUCUGAAAUCAAAACGGAAUUACAUCCCAAAUGAACUUGUCAGAGAAUUUUAAAAAUGGAAUUGUCCAUUCACUUAUAUCAACACUGUGGGAUGCUUGAGAGUGAUGUGCUAACAAUGGUGGAAUGACUUGUGACUGUUGUACAUUGUAUGGGUGUACUGAGCGGGCGCUGAAGCUGUUCCACAGCAAGAGUUGAAGCAAUGUUACUAAUAAAUACUGGUUUCUACA